AUGCGCGCCUCGGACGACGCCAAGCGCAAGCGUUCGCCGCCGCCGCCGCCCACACUCCCUCCUUCUCCUCCGUCUCCUUCAGUUGACGGAUCAACCGACCCCAAUUCCCCGCAGAGGAAGCGCAACAAAUGGGCGCGUCUGCUGCUCCGAGAGCUCUACGAUUUGGGCUUCAACGACGCCGCCGCCGCCCUGGAGCGUGAGGCCUGCGUGCAACUGCGGUCCAGUGUCAUGAAGAAGCUGCAGAAUCUUGUUGCUAGUCGCCAAUGGGACGAGGCGCUGCAGCUCGUGAUGAAAACAGGGGACGAACGCGAGCAGCUCCAGAUGAAAUCGACUCUGGCAGCUCGUGAGGCGGCGCUGCUGCUGCUACAGCGCAAAUUCAUCGAUUUUCUACUACUCAAACAGCUACCAGAAGCUUUGCGCACUUUUCAGGAAGAAAUUUUGCCACUGUGUGAGCCAAGCGAGGCAGAAGUGAAGCAAUUGGCCGAACUUUUGCUCUGUAGAGACGCAGACGAGAUGAAACAGCGAACCUCGAGGCCCUGGCAGGACGAUGAGCUGCAAUUAAAGCUCGAAGAACUGGUCAGUCCAGAGGAAAUUAUACCCGAGGGAGCAUUGCGCAGAAUCGUGCAGGACGUGGAAUUGCAGACGCCGCCGCCUAUGAUGAUGGGACAAGUUGCAGGGGACUGUGUGGAGGUCCUCACGAGUCACAAGAACGACGUGUGGGAGCUGGCCUUCUCUCCAGAUGGAGAAAUGUUGGCAUCAGCGUCAAGUGAUGGGUCUGUGGUGCUCUGGGAGAUCAAAUGGAAGGAAGAAGCGGUGGGAUUCAGUCUGACAAUGGAGCUGAAGACAGAAACUCUCCAUGUGCUGCAGAGUCUCGAGGGACCAGCAGAUUGCCUCGCAUGGUCCCCGGACAGUCGAUUUUUGCUCUCGAGUGGGAGUCGCUCCAGUACGAUACAACUCUGGGAUCGAACGAGUGGACUGUGCGAGAAGCGCUUCCAGCAUCCAGGGGGAGUGGUCACAAAGAUGCAGUGGUUGUCUUGUGGGGACCAAUUCGUAAGCGGUAGUGCAGACAAGUCUCUCGUUCUAUGGAAUGCAAACGAGAACUCCAUCGCGUAUCAAUGGAGUGGACGGAGGGUACUGGAUGUCGUUGUUCACCCACACGAUAGCAAAGUGUUUGUGCUCAUUUCAGGCUACGAAAUCCGCGUGUACGAUGUCGCUCACAAGUCAGACGAGCUGUUCAUCGAAGCGGAUAACGUCAUGUCGUGUCUCACUAUAUCCCCCUCUGGGAAGUUCUUGUUAGUAAAUUUCGUCAAACAAGAGCAACUCACGUGUAUCGAGAUCGCGACGGGCUCCGUUGUAGCCAAGUACCAUGGAAUUCGCGAGCAGCGAUACGUGCUUCGUCCUUGUUUCAUUGGAGCUCAUAGUGAACUGGUUGCCUCUGGAAGUGAAGACGGGAAGAUACACGUGUGGCAACGGGAUAAUGGGAAGCUGGCAGCUGAGCUGGAUGGACACUCAAGCGUCGUGAAUGUGGUGGUCCGGCAUCCAGUGCAUGCGAGCGUGAUGGCUAGUGCAAGUGACGACAAGACCGUACUAUGGAAGCAAAAUAACGGUCAUGGUGUCGCCUCAUUACGAAAGGAUUCGACAGCUAUGCAGGCCACCUACGAUACAUGGCAGCGUGCGUACUCUGUCGAGCAUUUUAAUAAACUCUGUCGAGGCGAGCGACGUAUGCAGAAUAAUGCAGUUGGUCGACUCUGUCUUCGCUCUCUUCGAUUGUUCAAGCAACUACCCAAUUCUCCUGUUACGUGGCUUUAUCUCAUGAUACUGGGGUCAUUGGCAGCAGUCUACGGACUUUUAUUUGACGGGUGGGUUCGUGCGCUACUGGAACUACGAGAUUACAUAAUUAAGUCUGCUGGAGAAUACUCGUUCGGUGCGUUUAUCAUCUGGACAAUGUGGUGUGUCGGAUUCGGCAUGCUCGCGACUUGUUGUGGUUACUACAUUUCCCCAGCUUCGGACGGAUCUGGUAUCCCGACAAUGCGUGGAUUAUUUGCUGGAGUCUUUCAAAAUCCAGGAGAUACGCUGUCGUUCCGAACGCUGGUUGCAAGAUCGAUAGGGACGGUACUAUCAUCGGCUUCUGCUCUCUCAGUUGGUCGCUCUGGCCCAUUCACACACAUUAUGGCCAUAAUUGGCUAUUUGAUGGGGAAGAUUUCAAUAUUCCAACGAGUAAAUUACGGACAGCAAAACUAUAACUUCAUCCGUGCAGCGGUGGCAUGUGGUGUGACUGCAAGUUUUGGGUCACCAUUGGGCGGAGUCUUGUUCGGCAUCGAAGUGACUGCGAAGUACUACGAGAUCAAGUGUCUGUGGGAAGGAAUCAUUUGCUCUUCUUUCUGUAUCUUGGUAUUCAACAUUAUCACCUUCACGAAGAGUGAGGUUCUAUUUGAACGCACGAAAUUUACCGGUUUCGAUAUGGACGAGGAAAUCUUUGCCUUUGUGCUGCUGGGCAUCAUCACAGGAAUUGGCGCUGGUCUGUACUGCAAAAUGGCGCUGGUUCUACGACGAAUACAGGCUCGACUUCUCGAGAGAUUCCGUCUCACUAAACCGUCCAUUCAGUGUCGAAUUUUUCACGUUGUCUCGAUCUGCUUGACUACUGCACUUAUUUCCUUCCCGUUUGGAAUUAUGCGGAUCCCGGAUAGAGUCAUGAUCAACGAAUUGUUUCGAGACCAGACGUUGAGCUUCCCACAAUGGACUCAAUUCUCUGAUAGUAAACACGUCACUCUUGUGAUUUACAUUGUUUUGAAGCUAUUCAUCAGCAUUCUUCCGUGUGGAGCUCCUCUUUCUUGUGGCGUCUUUGGACCGUUAUUUACCAUGGGCGCAGCAGUUGGCCGCUAUUACGGAGAAACUCUUAUGGAAUUAUGGAGUCCACAUCAAUCUCCAGCCACCUACGCAGUCGUCGGUGCCGCUUGCUUUGCCGCCUCUGCAACACAGACAGUUUCUACUGCGGUCAUUUUCUUCGAGUUAACAGGGCAACUCAGUCACAUGGUUCCAGUCAUGGUGGCUUGUAUCGCGGCGUAUUUCGUGAGUGGGAUAAUCACUCCUUCAAUUUACGAUAUUUUAGCGAGUUGGGCUGGAAUGAACUCGGUUUGCUACGAUUUCAAUGAGCACGUACUGAGUCAAAAAGCUGCCAAGGAUUAUAUGGCCACGGUUCCAGUUAUAUUCACGCGUGACACCACGUAUGAGGAGGCAAUUCAGGCUCUGAACACAUUCAAGAAAGAAGAAUACUUUCCAGUUUGUGACAAUGCUGAAAACAAAUUGCUGAUGGGAUGCCUUCGACGUUAUGACCUGGAAGUUGGAAUUGCUCGAUUCCUUGCUAUUCAUCGCAGUGGGAAGGAGGAAUCGAAGAACGCGCAAGUAUCGACGAAGAUCCAGAAUUUGAUAUCUCAAGUUCUCGACAUUGACAAGAAGAAAAGCGCGACAGUAGAUAAUGUGUCUCUGCUAAACUUUCAACCAAAAGAAACUCCAACGACGUCCAGCAUGUUGGAGCUAGGUCCGCCGUUCGACGAGUACGAGUUCACAUCAAUCCCGGUCGAGAGUUAUCCUCCUCAGGUGGGUGAAGACGUCAAUUUGUAUCGUGUACACAAGUUGGCCUCCAUUUCCAGUUGGACACAGGUAUACGUCGUCAAGUUUGGCAAGUUACAAGGUGUGAUCCAUCUCGAUUCAUCGCUCACCAAGCUACGCAAGGAAGACGUUCCUAUACGUUUCUCGUAGACGUAACAAAAUAUCUGAUCAUUUUCGUAUCCUCAAUACCAAUUCUUGAUAUCUUAAGCAGC